UAUAUAAACAUGAUCGUAGAUAUGAAACCUUGCUUUUACUAUCAAUAAGCCUUUUAUCUGAUCGAUAUUGGAAAACGAUGAAACUGCGGUUAUUCGAAGGAAAGUGAAUUUUCGGGUAGGAAAUAUGACAGAAGUCUCGAUGCCUGCUCCUGUAGUUACUGAGCCAUCCGAACCGGAGCCCGAAGACGUGGCCUUCAAAGUGCUGAACAAUGAUGAUCUCCCUAUGACCAUAAUAGGCGAGUCCCUUCUGAAGCCCUUCGGGAAUAACCAGAAGGUCAGGCCCAAUGGGAUCGUUUAUCCGACACGUCGUAUCACCAACAACUCGCUGGAGGAUAACAAGCAGAAGCCUUUCGCAAAAUCCAACGGAUGUCUCAUCGCCGAUAACAGUACUAUUAAUCUCAAGAAGAACCACAGCAACUCACACGGUCAGUUAAACAACUGCAAGAUUAGAAUAGAGGAUCUGCAAAAUCACGGUUUAGAUAAGAACUUCACCAAAUCCCUGGACGCCAAGUUGCGGAAGUUGCAACGGGACGAGAAGCAAUCGGUGGUGAAGAAAAACGAUAUCUCGAAGCCCAGAUUCGUUACGACAGUGCGGAAGGGUGAAUUCUUAGAACCUCCGCCUGAACUGGCGACAUUAUUAGGAAUCAAAUUGGAAGAAGAGCCGCGGAAGGAGGAGAAAAAAUUGUACGCGUAUGCUAGUCAUCCGAGGGUUUUAGAUAGGAGUCCAUCAAAAACAGGUCAUAAAGCUAGAUGCGAGGCGGCUGCUAAAGCCGCAGCAACAGUAGCCUCGGCAGUUGUCCAAGAAGACCAUAUCAUCACCAAAAGAGACGUUAACUCUAAUUCGGUCCCAAAACAUUUGGGAGAUGCCCCGUUGCCCUAUGCGAAUCUUAUGUUCGAGAGGAGAGUGGUCCGGGGCAGCAAUUUUGCCCAGCAGCCGAUGUCAACGCAAAGGUGGAAUCCCAAUUUUGCCUAUGCCAGAUUGCUCUCAAGGGACCUAUGGGGUGAAGGAGAAUCCGCUGCGGCUAGGGCGGCGGAAGCGCGGAGACGAGCUAUGGCUAGAAAGAAAGCUCAAACUCAGCAACUAAGAGGAGCUCAACUUAGGCUGGGUUCUCCUCCACCAGUUAAGGGAAGACGUCAUGAGCCGGUUCAAACCGAUAAAUAUUUAGAAGAACUAUGGGAACAUCCAAUAAUGGAAGAUGUUACGACUCAGACAGACCUAUUCUUGGAUAGACCUAUUUCGCCUUAUUAUGUACCAGCCAAAACGGGAGCUGACGUGGAGACGCAAAUUUACCCAGGCGAUCUAUUCGACUUCGAUAUGGAAGUGCAGCCUAUACUCGAGGUGCUCGUUGGCAAGACGAUAGAGCAAGCCUUGAUCGAAGUGCUGGAAGAGGAAGAAUUGGCCGCGUUGAGAGAACAACAACGCAGAUUCAUGGAAAAGCACGCCGCAGAAUUGGCAGAAAGCGAGCGACUCCAGGAAUUGGAGAAACGUCUGCAAUACGAGAAGGAACGAAGGUUGGCCGAGUACGAGGAAGGUAUGAGGGUCCAAAAGGAUUUGGAGGAAAGAAUAGCUGGAGCCGUUCUCAUGCAGGGCUACAUGGCCGACCUUCUUCCGUCCGUGCUCGAAGGCCUCGAAGAUGAAGGUUUCCUCACCGAUAACAUUAAACAAAAUGUCGAUGAAUCGUUCAUACCGUGGUUGAUGAAGGAAGUUACCUCAGAACUCCAGGAAAUGGUCAGUAGCAGAGACGUGCUUACCGAUAUCGUUAGAGAGAUUUUGGAGAAUCGAGCAGAGAUCUACAGGGCUUUGAACGCCGAAAAGGACACCAGCGAUGAAGAAGGUCCAACGCAAGACAUCCAACUCAUCGAGCACAUGAAGCUCCGAGACGAGAUCAAACAGGGACAAAAUGAUAACGAAGAAAUUGCAAAAUACAUGGAUAAAUUGAUUUGAAGAUACAUUGAAAUUUUGAUGACGAGGAUGCAAAAAAAAUGAAGCAGAUAGUCCUCG